CAGUGAUCAAUGUCAUGACUUCCUCCUCGGGCUGGAGCAGUAUCAGAGCACAGCUGAAGGAAGCUGAUUACUGCUGGUUUCAAAUUGGCUGGGAACAAUACAGACACACACACACACAGAGAACACACAACACACGCGCGCACAAACACACACACACACACACACACACAGCCCGCCCCCCGGCUCCCGCGCCGCCGCUCCGCGCCGGGGGGGGAAGAUGAGCUCGGGGGACGUCGUUUGCACUGGAUGGCUCAUUAAAUCGCCCCCCGAGAAGAAACUCAAGAGAUACGCAUGGCGCAAGCGCUGGUUCGUGCUACGCAGAGGCCGCAUGAGCGGGAACCCUGAUGUGCUGGAGUACUACAGGAACAACCACUCCAAGAAACCCAUUCGCAUCAUCGAUCUCAAUGAGUGUGAAGUGCUGAAGCACUCAGGGCCCAACUUCAUCAAGAAGGAAUUUCAGAACAACUUUGUCUUCAUUGUGAGAACCACCUACCGCACCUUCUACCUGGUAGCCAAAACCGAGGAGGAGAUGCAGAUCUGGGUGCACAACAUCAGCCAGAUCUGUAAUUUUGGGCAUUUGGAAGAUGGCACAGAUUCGGUGGAGAGCCUGUCACACACCACCUCAUCCCCGCAGCCCUCGCCCGCUGCCUCCACCCACGCCUCCCGCGUUGCCGAUCCCUCCUCCUCUGUCGACAGCGCUGCAGCCGACGCCUCUGCCGCGGAGGAGACCCCCAGCGAGUCAGAGUCGGUCUUCCUCCCCGAUUACCUCUUCCUCUCCAACUGCGAAUCGGGCAAGCUCAGUCACACCAGAUGUGACAGCUGGUCAAACUCUGACAGAUCGCUGGAGCAGACCUCAUCAGAUGACGUUUUUGUCGACUCCUUGCAGUCCCAGCCUUCGCCGUACCUUGUGCAGCCAUCCAGUGCUGGCACCAUCCACCAGGACGGGGCCCCCUUGGCAAACCAUGGAGCCAUCUCCAGAAGCAUAGACAUUAGCAGGCCAUCCAGUGACUUUUCCUCCUCUUCUCCAUUGCUGGGGACGCCGCUAACACCGACCUUUCAGAUUGACAAGAGCCAAAGUGCGCUGCCCUACGGUGUAACCAAGCUGGAUGUGCUGUCUAACACACCACCACCCCGGCCACCCAAGCCCACCCACUUCUCUGACAGGAGAGGGGAAGAGCUGGGCAGUGGGGCCCUACACAACGGCCACGCAGGGAUCUGCCGGGCCCAGGUUGCUUUAGUGCCGAGGAGAAUCUCUUUGUCCAGUUUAGACAACGUCAGGAACUGGAAAGGAGACUUGGAAGGCAGCUCUUUAAGAAGCCGGGAUAAGAGGCUUAGCUUGAAUUUGCCCUGUCGAUUCUCCCCGCUCUACUCGACCACAUCAGAUAGCACGGAGGACAGCUAUGUGCCCAUGCACCCCAGCACCUCGCCGUCCAUCCCUGGCUCUGACUGCUCGCCUGACGGCUACAUUCCCAUGAGCCCAGGCUCAGCUACGUUUACCUUCCCUGUUGUCAGCACUGAAAAACUCACCAGCCCCCUGCCUGAGCUUCCCUUGGACCUGGAGCCCCCGCCAGUGAACCGAGACCUCAAGCCUCGUAGGAAAUCACGGCCUCCUCCACUGGACCUGAGAAACCUCUCCACAAUCCGGGAGCAUGCUGCUGUGACCAGGAUGUGGACUGUGCCUUACAAUCGAAUGAGCUUUAUCUCACCAGAAAGAGACGGUAUUAAUUCAGCAAGAAUAUUUGCCAAUUCAGUUUCCGGAGAAGAGGAAGAAAGUUACAUUCAUAUGGAACACAGACAGGCAACAUCUCCAUACAGUGGUGCUUUUCCAUGGACAAGGAAAUCUAACCUUGAUUACUUAGCAUUGGAUUUUAAUUCUGCUUCCCCAUCCCCUGUACAGAAGAAACCUUUUCUCUCUGAGGAGCAGAGAGUGGACUACGUCCAGGUAGAUGAGCAGAAGACUCAAGCUUUACAGAACACUAAUCAGGAAUGGACAGAUGAGAGGAAAUAUAAAGUUUAAAGGAAGAAGGUUUGGGAUUUAGAGGAUUUUCUUUUUGCACUGGAACCACAAUGUUAAUGAAGCAGCUAUCACAGCAGAGUUCAAAGGCAGAGAGAGUUGUAAGAUGCAUGUGGUCUCUAGAGGAAUUACAUUUUUAAUAGAAAACCUUUGAUUUCAGCUGGAAAUAGUAUGUUGAAUGAGUGAGUGGUUCACUGAUGAUUAAAGGAAUGCAUUACUCUUUUUACUGCCCUUACCAGUAAGCUACAUGGUACUGUUUUCUGGCAUGAUUCUGGGACAAGUCGUACACUCAGUGUUAACAAAUCCACUACAUGUUGCAUUAAUCUAGUUAGUCCUGCCUUCUCCCUCUGUUGUGUAAUUCCUAGUUGCUAAAGCUACUUUUUGAUAUUCCUUCAAAUACUGCAGGUGCUCAAACUGCUUAUGGCAACGGGCAUCUGACAGCUGUUGGUGACUAAUCAACUAAGGGCUAAAAUACUGAAACAAUAAAAAGAACUUUUAAAAUACAUAGUGCUUAAGUAAAGAGAAUUUUGGAAAAUAGUUUUCCCCUGGGUUUAAAAGGUCUGACUCUGAGCUGACGCUGUUAGAAACUCAAAAUAGGACUGUGCACUGGUGGAACUGGAAAGCGUGGUCUCUGACCCUCCAGAUGAUGGUUGUCAUAUUAAGCUUCUUCUCCCCGUUGCCGCUCAUACACGUCGCCUUUCCAUCUGAUUACUACUGAUAUUUUCUUCAUAUCUUGAGUUGUGUCUUCAGCACAGCGCAGCAUAGCCGCUCCUCUAGCAGGAGGCUGCAGAGGCACAGCUCUUGCCUGGCCAAAAAAUAGAAAGAGAAGCUGUAAGCCUGUUUCUGCAAGUCUUGGGAGAACUGGCAAAGGAUCAAGAAUGCUUUCAUCCGAACUGCAGAAGAAAUACAAGGGGAAUUGCUGGUAGCAUUCGUCAGACUGAUUGUUUCAUUAGACACACCCCGACGAGAGAGAGCAUUAGGAAGCACUGUGGUCCGAGAGACCAGCGGGCCUGCCAAAAUACAACAACAACAACAAUGCACUUACGCAGCGCGGGGACCUCUGGGCUCAGGAAGCUUAUCUACCUUGGGACCUGUUACAGGCACUAUCUCAGGAUCGCAUACGUAUAUAGUUUAUAACCUAUUUAACUUUAAAAGCCUGUCUGCAAUCUUUAUUUUAAGGUGGCACACGGCCUCUCGAAUAAAGGAAGCAUGCAGCACCAUUGCGUUACCCCACACUGGAUUUGAUCUUGGAGCCUUUCCUCAUGCAAGUGAGUCCUACUAGCCAUAAGAGGUCUAUUCCUGUCAGCAAGGAUAGAGAACCAGGAUCUUUAUGAGGGUUUUCCUCUUUGACAGGGCCAAUUCACUGGCCUCCCUUCGUGUGCCUGUCGUUACCGCAUUAUACUACUGUAAUUUAACAUCCAAAAAAUGCUGAUUUACCAAACUGAGGUCAUAGAAAUGUCAUGAUGGAAAUCGCUGACAUUUCAAGCUUCCUAGUUAUCUUUUUUCACACCUGCAUUCUGCAUUCAGCCACUGGGGCACUUUGGAAGGCUGAGGGACAGGACCAAGUUUGAUGUCCUGCUAGAAACGGCAGCUUAGCUAAUAGAAACACCACUUUUCUCCUACCUCAAGACAGCUGAAGUGCUUGCAAACCUCACUGUUCCUUUAGAGCAAAAACAAAGCUGGGAACCCGCCAUGAUCAAUCUCCUAGCUUUUCCUGCAAGAAUAAGCUUCACCAGCGCCUUUAUUGACUCUGGGGCAAACCACACACCCAGCCCUGCAGGCAUGAAGGGUCCUGGAUUGGAGCUACUCGAGAAAAUGGGGGUCAUACUGCAGAAAGUUGACUUGCUGUUUUGGGCUUCUCCCUCCCUCCCCCUUCAAAAAAGCUCUAAAAUGAAAGCUGAUGUUCAGAAAAGCUUUGAGAAGAAUUCAGCAGAAAGCAUACUGGUUUGAUGUGAAAUUUAGUUUGUUGAAACCCCAAGUUUUUCUCCAAAAACAAGUUUAGGAGAGCUCUGACCACCUGUGCCCUGUGUUGCAGCAGGAGAAGGAGGCUCAGGGAGAUGCAGGGGACACGUGCACCUCCUCGGAGUUAGCAUGGAGGUAGAAGCAGAAGAACCGUCAUUACAAAGAUGUGAAUGCUUUUGCAUGCCUUUGGUGCUUGCUGCAAUACUGAAAGAAUUAAAAGACCAGCUAAGAAGUGUAUUUCAAUAUGGCGCAACCUUGCUCAAGAGCCCUGCAAAGCACUGAAAAGCUCCACAAAUUGCACUGUACUACUGCAGAUCCUAAUUGCACAGCAACGGUGUGGGAGCCGCUGAUUCAGGUUGCAACAGUGUUCAAAUCAGGUCAUGUUUUACCCGAGUGUUUCUUUUCAAGCUGUCAGAAUAUCCUCUGAAAUGGAAAAAUACAACAUUAUUGAAGACAACUGACUCCCUUGCUAUUCCAGUUUAUUGUAAAAAUAUUUAAACCUUCACAAACAUGGCUACUGCAUCAUUCAGAAGUUCGGAAAAUGAAGAUUUCUUCUCAUGGUUUUCUUUCCUAAAUGGACAUGUAAGCCGGCGUUGACUGUCCUUAGAUCAGAAUAGACCUCCCUUCAAAUUUCCAUGUGUCUCUUUCCUGGCCCUGGAGAUAUGUUAUCUUGAUCAAACACAGCUUAGUUGCAUCCAACUUUCACUUUCUACCUAAAAACUAAGCUUGUUUUUUUGUUCAGAUUUUUCAUAUGGGGAGAAAAAGCAAUGCAAUUGCUUUUUUUCAUAUCAGUCCUUUUUUACUGACUGAUUGAGGGCCUGUGACAUACAUUCUUAUGCAAGUGUAACACUUGAAAUGUGAGCAAUUAAAAAAAAAUUAAAAAAUUUAAAGCAGUUCUUCCCCAAGGCUUUUUUCUUAUUCUUUUUUUUCACUUUUGGUCAAGUCCUACAACGUUCCAAACAGGCUAAAGAAGAGGAGGAUGGUGUGGGGAUGGCAAAAAAGCCAUAUCUGCUGUGGUCACUCCAUUAUUAAAGAUUUCACCCCAAAUGGAGCUGCCCCCCUGCUCUGGUAUGUAACCACCAUGCCUGUGGGCGCUAAGGCGGCAACCGCUGGGUCCCGGUGUUGUUACCGCUGACUGGCAGGAGAGAUACGUUACAGAGCAAAACGGCGUCAGCAUUUAAUUAACUUUGCUCCUAAAUACCGAUACCUUGGCCAAAGAGGAAAGAGACACCGAAAGCACCUGAAAACUGCAGCAGCUUUGGACACUGUCUUGUCUGGUACAAGACAAAUGCACCCCGGCUGCGGAGCCAGCCAGGCACGCUCCACGCACAGCCGCGUCCCUUUGCUCCAGGGCUAUCAAUUUGCUAUUUGCAAGUAGUUAUUUAAGGACAGCAGAACCAAUGAGGAGGGAGGCCCUGCAGCUCUGCGCGCGUGGGGCGGCCAGCGGCCCCUGGGGUGGCAGGGUGUCUGCUGGCGGCUCGCCCAUAGGGUUGGCGCGAUCAGAAACGUCGCUCAGCAGAGCUCUCGCGUGGAGCUGAGUCGCACAAACAAGCUGAAGGGUUUCAGUCCUGGUGGUCUUUAGGAAAAAUCCAGGCAGGAGGCUCAGCUGAGCAGCUGCGUGUCCCAAGCCAUCGGACACGGCGGAGAAAUGAGCCGAGUGCCAGCACCCCGGCACUGGAGGGAGGAAGGUGAAUGCGAUACGGAUCGCUCUUACUUAAAUUGCCUGCAGCCAGGGAGCACAAAAACUACCUGCGUCCAACACUUGCUUGGAAUUAAUCCUAAAGAACCAUAAAUAAAUUAAUCUGAUCUGAACUUCUUUCCUGAACAGAUCGGGAUUUAUGUACUUGCUUGGAGUUACAGGGAUUCUUAACUUCUGUACUCAAUUAGGGGUUAUUAUGGCCAUUUUCUGCAGCCUUUCAAGGAUCACUCAUUUGAGCAAGGCGUAGCAGGAUCCAGGACCCUCUUAUUUUUUGGACUAAGCUAUGUUUUUCAUUUCCUUAUAGUACCUUGAUUUCAGAAGACAGCAUUAAACACCUUACUGUCGGAAAUGAACACUUCGCCUGAGAGUGUCGACAGCUGGAGCUGGGUGUUUUCAACCCUUUCUUCCAAGGGUAGGGCCUGCUCCCUUCAGUGUUGCGAAUAACCUAAAUAGAUGUAGAUUCUGGAGUUGCAUUCACUUUAAAUGAUUCAGUGGUUCAGUGAUUCAAAGACCAUCAGAUGCUGUGAUGAGAAUGAAGCACAGGGCAAUGCCUUUCCUUUGUGCCCCCGUUCUGCAGAAAUUGCUCAGGUUAAAAAAAAAAAAAAGCCACCAAAUUAGCAGACUUUUGCCAUUUCAAAGCCGGAAUAUUUUUUGUUCAAAUAAAAAUAAACCUUUGUUUUGUGCAAGUGAGGCAUUAUACUUUUUGGUAUUUGUAAAUCUAUGGGAAGCAUUAAACAGUCAUCUCUGCUAAGGAGAAGUCAUUGAUAGAGGGGAUUGGCUCUCCCUUCCCAAUGUUUCAUUGUAAUGUUUGUUGUAUAUAUUUGCACAUUA